UUAUUGUAUAAAACGGACCCGCGCAAGGUCGUCUAUAGCUAGUCGAUAGUGAAUUUCGAAAGAAUAAGGACGCCUGAACACGUUGCAUUGCAAUAUGAAGACUGUGAUCCUAGUCCUGACCUACGCCACGCUGGCGACUUCAUCAGCCGUCCGGGACAAGCGAAGCUGGACAUACACGCAGGCCUACCCCGUCUCCAACACGCUCCCCAUAUACGAGUACCCCGAAUCCACGGAGAUCCACACUCAGGCCAAGACCAUCUACUCCGUUUCCGUGCCCAUCACACACACAGUCCACUUGGAACAGCCAGAAUAUUCGCGGCAGAUCAUCUACCACAACCCACCAACCACGUAUUAUAACAACUAUCACGUACCCCAGUACACACAACAGGUUUACACGCCACAAGUGUAUAGCCCUUGGCCUUAUCAACGUUAUGCUGAUACCUGGUGUUAAGUAAAUGUCCAACCAUCAUAUCUGAAUAUAAUGCGCUCGAUAUCGUCUACGAUGUACAUAUCAUGUCAAUCGAGCACACUGU